AUGGAUGUGCCGAAGGAUCAAAUUACAGCUCUUCUAGAUAACGAACUCUAUAAUUCCGCUCAAAUUCUCGGUUGCUUUCUAGUUUCAUCAUCUACUGUUAGUCUCGAGACCAGCCCCCAGCUCAAAGCUGAAAAUCAGAUUCUUCUUGGAGAUGCAUUGUUUCGCGAGAGAGAGUUUCGCAGAGCGAUUCAUACGUAUAAGCAAGCAUUGCAUUACUACAAGAUAAUUCCGAAACAGAGUUCGACAACUUCUAGGAGUUCAUUAUCGAACAGGUCUUCUUCUCCGAAUUCUUUUAACAUUUCAGCAAUUAAUGAAAAUGAGGUGAAGUUCAAGAUUGCUUCUUGUCAUUCUGCAUUGAAUGAAACUAGAGCCGCCCUUGUUGAGAUGGAAGGAAUUCCAAGCAAAGCAAGAACUUUGCAAAUGAGUCUAUUGAUGGCAAAGCUCUAUAGAAGUUCUAGACAUACUCGCUUUGCUAUCACUUGUUACAAAGAGACUUUAAGGCAUUGCCCUUAUGUCAUUGAGGCUAUCAUAGCUUUGGCAGAACUAGGAGUUGCUGCCAAGGAUAUCAUUUCACUUUUUUCACAGACUUCAAAUAGAAGUGGGAGAGCUCCACUUGAUCAUACUGACUCUACUCGCUGGGUUCAACGCUAUGUAGAGGCCCAGUGUUGUAUUGCUUCUAAUGAUUACAAAGGUGGUUUGGAGCUCUUUGGAGAACUCCUGCAACGUUUUCCACAUAACAUACACAUAUUACUUGAAAUUGCAAAGGUUGAAGCCAUAACUGGGAAGAAUGAUGAGGCCAUAAUGAAUUUUGAGAAGGUUCGUUCAAUUGAUCCAUACAUUGUAACUUAUAUGGAUGAGUAUGCGAUGCUUCUAAAGACAAAGGGCGACUUUUCAAAGCUAAACAAGUUGGUGCAUGAUUUGCUUAGUAUUGAUCCUACAAGGCCAGAAGUUUUUGUGGCUUUGUCUGUCCUGUGGGAAAAGAAAGAUGAGAGAGGAGCACUGUCUUAUGCUGAGAAGAGCAUCAGAAUUGAUGAGAGGCACAUACCGGGUUACAUCAUGAAGGGUACUUUGCUCUUGUCACUAAAGCGGCCAGAGGCAGCUGUAAUUGCUUUCAGGGGAGCUCAAGAAUUGAGAGCCGAUCUCCGUUCAUAUCAAGGUUUGGUUCAUUCUUAUUUAGCAUUCUCCAAAAUUAAAGAGGCUCUGCAUGCUGCCAGGGAGGCAAUGAAAGCCAUGCCUCAGUCUGCAAAGGCUCUAAAAUUAGUAGGGGAUGUACAUGCUAGUAACUCUGGGGGAAGAGAGAAGGCAAAAAAGUUCUAUGAGUCAGCGCUGAGGCUGGAACCUGGUUACCUUGGUGCAGCAUUAGCUUUGGCUGAGCUUCAUGUCAUUGAGGGUCGAAAUGGAGAUGCUGUGUCUCUGCUGGAGCGAUAUCUUAAGGAUUGGGCAGAUGACUCUCUUCAUGUCAAGUUGGCUCAAGUGUUUGCUGCCACUAAUAUGCUGCAAGAGGCUUUGUCACAUUAUCAGGCUGCACUAAGAAUAAACCCACAGAACGAAGCUGCAAAAAAAGGGCUAGAGCGCUUGGAAAAGCAGAUGAAGGGGGUGGAUCCAGAUGCACCUGAAGAAGAUGAAGAAAAUGAUGUUGAGGAUGCAGAUGGAGACCAAGAAGAGACUGAUCUUUUAUAA